UUCAGUCUCUGAUAGUCGAUAGUCACGCUUACAACAAACCGUGAAUUUUCCGUACUUUUCGUGAAUACUUUGUAACCGUUGUUUUCUAACCUCGGCUGGGAGGAAAUAGUUCUCUUCAAUUUACCAGACCAUUCCCUUGUAUUCCCUCCUCGUCGACGUGAAACUGGAGCAGCGAAGAGGUUCUGUGUUUCUAGGCGAAUGCAUUUAGUAGGUCCAAUUCGAUUCAACAAAACGGCGGGUUAUCGUUGACAACAGAUACGCGAUAGAGUCGUGAAGCUCCCGGUUGGGAGGCUCUUCUCCCGAGGAAGGCAAUCAUAGGAGGAAAACCUGUUUUUCGACACCGCCACUCCAAGAAAGCACUUCAUAGCUAACCCCAACUCGACUCGGGGGGAGCAGUCCGCGCACCUAGAAGCUUCUUUUGCUGGUCGAUUCAGAAAGUGUCGGUAGCUUGUUAUUAUCAUUUUUUAUGCAAAGCUGCCUCUGUACCCUAUUGAGCGCGGUCGCGGUACCGUGGCCGCCGAGGAAAUAGAGACUGCGACUCAUAGGUGCCUCCCUACUAUGCCGCAAGAACAAAACCAUAGUAAUUGAAAGUCAAGUCGAAUGUGAAGUCAGGGUCCAGAGAGGAGCUCUGAGGAGGGAGCGCUGCCCUUGCAUCCGCCUCUUCUCGGCCCCUAGGCCUGGUGCCGGCUUCUUCUGUAGGUGACUUUAGUAACACACAUUUGUUGAAUGUUUUACUUCGCGCUUCACCUCACUUUCGUCGAGCGUAUCUGUUUUCUGCAGUUUUCUGGAUCUCGCCGUGGAAACAGUAUCUGUGCAUGCAUCUCGAGGGCGAAAACGAAGGUUCCGAAGACGCGGCUUAGCAGAAAUAGUUCUUGUUUCCGAUGCGCCGUGAAGGCUAAACUGCAGCUUGUUGCAUCACUGCACUCGUUAGGCGGCCAGUCGGGUUUCGUCAGGACCGUGGAUUCGCUUGGUUCCUGUCCUCCGCGAAAGUUGUGUUUUAUCGGUUAGAGUUGUGUCUCCGUAUUCUGUGCCGUGCCCCCGGUGGGACACUAACUAACCUUGCCUUGGUAAUAUUUCGCGUUUUUUACAGAUUACCGUGUUUAGAUUGCAUAUUGGAUUGGAUGUUUUGUGGGGUGAGUUUUCCCUUUUAAUGUUUGUUUGUUAGAGACCGCCCUGGGGUGGCUGCUCCCCCUUUGAGAGCGUGAUUACCGAACCGGCUAGAAAAGUGAUAGUGGUUCUCCAUAAACCCAAAGUGCAGAGAUCGAAUCAGUCAAGAAGUGAUGAAUAUUUUUCGCUACCCCAUCAAAAACGAUAAUAUUUUGCCCUGCAAAUUGCGCUCAAAUAGUGAACAGAAUUUCGCCGGGACAUUUUCGGUGUGCGGUUCGAUUGUACUCGAUAUUUGAUACUCGGUACUCGGUUUUUUGUUCGUUUUGUAUUGCAAAUGCGUGAAGUGAUUGCAAAUCUGUUGAUUUGAAUUUGAAUUGCUAGAUAAGAUCUUGUAUUGCUUGACUAUCAAGUGUGCGAAAAAGAUGUGUGUUGUCGGGUAGAUGCGUGUGCGUAUUUAAUCGCUUUCUAUAGUGUUGUUGGUGGAGUGACUUCUUUGAUAAGUUUUGCGAUUUGGAUUAUUCUUUGGCUGUUCGAAUAGUCGGCAAGUUGGCGAUUAUUUAUUGAAUGCUAUGGCAGCAAUACCCGUUAUCAAAGGAUUAUCCCAGAAAUGAGUGGAAUUUCAAUUUCGCGACGUCGUUUGCAACAUUUUACAACUGCCAUCUCUUGUGAUUAGUAACUUAAAGAUAUAAAAAUUCAAUAAAUUUAAAUGGAAUAAAGUCGAAACGAAAGUGGGUCGCUCAUUUUAUGGGUUUUUUUAUCAAUGAAAACGCAAUUCCCUCAGAUUCACUAGUCAUGCAAAAAACGAAAGCGGAUAUUAGAUGUUUUUUUCUAUUCGUAGAUUUUAGUGUUGCAAAGUGCUUUUUCGAUGUUUGUUUGUUAGUGCGAUAAGAGGAAGUAUCUGUAAGAAAUUCAUGAAAAAUCUUCAAGUGGAGCAACACCAGUCGCAAAGCCACCAGCUUCUUUCGAGUAUUCGUGCAAUUAUAGUAAUAAAUUCUUUGAUAGGAUAAAAUUUUUGGAUUUUUAUACAGCCAGAUCGAACUUUUUUGGGGCGAACAAGAUUUAUAAGGAUCUUUGGAAACUUUGGUUAAUUAUAAUACCACGGGGUGAAUAAAAGACGGUCAUUCAUCGAAAAGCCGAAGUGUAUUCAUUAAACUGCCCAAGUAUAUGUAUAAACGCGAAUAUCGCACUAAUGAUGAAAAAGCAUAAGAUUAUAUUUAGGGAUGCGAGAGGUUCUUAAGUAGAGCUACUCAUCCCUAAUAUUCAGUAGAAUAAGAUACAUACUCACCAGUCCGUAAAAAUUAGGCAUCCAAAUAUAGCUUACUAAUAAUAUCCUUAAGUGCAAAACACAUUUUGAAGUAAAAUGUCCAACUCAAUGCAUCAGCAAAAUGUCCCAAAUGUGAUUGCCGCGACAAUUAUUGAGCAAUAUAGCGGUCAUCCCCUGUCGCAACAUUCCCUAAGUGGUAUCCCGGCUGGGGGAGGAGGCGGCGGGGGUGGUGCCGGGAGCAGUCGAACUAAUUCCGGGCAGACAAAUGGCCGCGGUUUUCUUGGGCUUCCCGGAAGCAGUAAUGGAAAUAGUGGAAUCGUCAAAAGUUCUACAUCAGCAAUCGGGCAAGAGGACGUAAAAAUGAUAACUGCCAUCAAAACUGAACCAAUGCAAGAUGUUAUAACGAUACAAUCUACGAUAACUGCCACAUCAGCUGGUUCAUCAAAUGGACAUAUUCUUAUACCGGGAAAAAGGCCACGACCGGAAAAUGCCGAUGAUUGGCUGUCAUCGCCUAGUCCGGGUAGUUUACAGAGCUCAGCUCCACCUUUAAGUCCAUCGCCAGGCUCACAAAGUCAUAACUACAAUACAACCAUGUCGAAUGGAUAUAACUCACCAAUGUCAACUGGGAGCUACGAUCCGUACAGUCCAAAUGGAAAAAUGGGUCGUGAAGAUCUAUCACCUUCCAGCAGUCUGAACGGUUAUUCCACAAAUGAUGGUUCCGAUGCGAAAAAAGCGAAAAAGGGACCGGCACCACGUCUGCAAGAAGAAUUGUGUUUGGUGUGUGGUGAUCGGGCAUCCGGCUAUCAUUACAAUGCACUUACCUGUGAAGGCUGUAAAGGAUUUUUUCGGCGGAGCGUUACAAAAAAUGCUGUCUACUGUUGUAAGUUUGGACAUGCCUGCGAAAUGGACAUGUACAUGCGACGAAAAUGUCAGGAGUGUCGACUGAAAAAAUGCCUUGCUGUUGGGAUGCGACCCGAAUGUGUUGUGCCCGAAAAUCAGUGUGCUAUGAAACGAAAAGAAAAGAAAGCGCAGAAGGAGAGAGAUAAGCAACAGACAUCGCCUGCUGUCAGUACAACUGAUAGUAUUCGGAAUGAGGUGUUGGAGAUGAUGACAUGUGAUCCGCCUCCACAUGCGGACAGUGCGUUUUUCUUCCAGCAAUUACUGCCCGAAAAGCUCUUAGCCGAAAAUCGUGCACGAAAUAUACCUCCAUUAACUCAUAAUCAAUUAGCAGUCAUCUAUAAGUUAAUUUGGUACCAGGAUGGUUACGAACAACCAUCAGAAGAGGAUCUUCGACGAAUAAUGACGUCACCGGAUGAAAAUGAAAGUCCACACGAUGUCAGUUUUCGACAUAUAACGGAAAUUACAAUCCUUACAGUACAAUUAAUUGUUGAGUUUGCUAAAGGUCUGCCGGCUUUCACGCGGAUUCCGCAAGAGGACCAAAUUACGUUAUUAAAAGCUUGUUCUAGUGAAGUUAUGAUGUUGCGUAUGGCUCGCCGAUACGAUGCCGCAUCCGAUUCAAUAUUCUUCGCUAACAAUCGAUCUUACACCCGCGACUCAUACAAAAUGGCUGGCAUGGCCGAUAAUAUCGAAGAUCUUCUGCAUUUCUGUCGGCAAAUGUACUCGAUGACGGUGGACAAUGUCGAGUAUGCUUUAAUCACUGCCAUCGUUAUAUUUUCGGAUCGGCCCGGUCUAGAGGAGGCCGAACUCGUUGAAGCGAUACAGAGCUACUAUAUCGACACGUUACGUAUUUACAUCCUGAAUCGACAUGGUGGCGACUCCAAGUCGCUUGUCUUUUUCGCCAAGCUCCUCUCAAUACUGACGGAAUUACGGACGCUUGGAAAUCAAAAUGCGGAAAUGUGCUUCUCGUUGAAGCUGAAGAAUCGCAGAUUGCCAAGAUUUCUGGAAGAGAUCUGGGAUGUGCAUUCCGUUCCGCCCACGGUGCAAUCACAUUUACAGGCCACGCAAGCGCUCAAGGCUGGCCACUGUAGCACUGCAACGACAACCUCUACGACGGACAACGGGAAUAGUGAGAAUGGCGGCGAAAAUACUUCGGCAUAGCAAUAGUAGCAGGGCUCUAACAUGUAGAAUUAAGGAGAGAAUAGAUUUCUUUUUUCAUUUAUGUGUAUUUAAGAUGAAGAUAUACAGAAAUAUAUAUUAUAUAUAAAUUCUAUUAUAUUUCUUGUUUUCUAAAUGAAAUAUAGUUUCGAGGUUACAAGCAUGAAUUCUAGGAUAAUGAUAGACACCCUGGUAUAAAUAUUAUAUAUAAUAUUUGUAUGUAUGUACAUUCUAAUUAUUUUUAAUGCAUACAAUUCACGGAUUAGACACGAAAUUUUAUUAUGUAAAAUGUUAUUAACGAUAUUUUUCUGUUGAUUUUAUAUUUUUUAACUUUACGUUUAAGAUUGCAAGUUAUUUAGAUUCAUUUCUCGUUUUCGACAAUUAGUUACGAAAGGAAUAAUGAAAUUUAUAUUUUCCAGAAAGGAGGAAGUUUAUGAAGACGAUUUAUAAAACGGAAAACAAUAAUUAUAAAUUGAAAAUUAUGGACUGUUGCGUAAGAACAAACUAAAAGUGGGCCUUUACAAUAAUUAACGGAAAGACGAAGUGUUAAAGAUAGUUUUAAAACGAAACGAAAUAAACGUAAACCAUGAUAAAUUUUAUGUAGUGUCUACUGAAUAUAUAUCUAUUUCUUUAGCUUACAAUGAAGUCGUAGCUAUUUCUUUAAUAUAAUCCAAUCGAAAAUGGAGAUAACAUCAAAAAUGUCAGAAAAGCACAACAACACAAUGCCAGAAAGCAACCGCAACAAGACAAAUGAGGCAGAUUUGCAGUUUGUUUCUAAUGUCAUUGUCGUUGGGAAGUAAGCAAAUAAACAACAAAGAAACGCGAGAUAAAUAAACACAUAAAAUUUAGAAUUCAAACUUAACAAAAGCAAACUCUUCGUCUCUUUUACCACAACAUUUUUACCCUAAACGUUAAGAAUUAUAUAUAUACAUAUAUAGAAAUAAUUUCUACAUGUCCUCAUUACUAUUAUGACUACAUUAUUAUAAUUAUUAACUAAAAUACAAAAAAUUGAAAAAUACACUACAAUAAUUAUUAUUAAAUUUAUUGUAAUACGAAUAGACUGAGGAGUCUUUUUUUAAGAAAACAAAAACAGAAAACACAUCGACCGUUAAUUUGAAUUGUUCAGUUCGUUUUGUUUUAACUGUAAAUUAUCAUUUUUUCCCAAUGAAUUCUCAUCUGCAAGAAAGCAUCUUUAUCCAAAUGGAAACAGUACACAAAACUGGCCGAGAGUAAACGCAGAAAGCAAUUGUUUUUUAUAACACGGUGAAAUGUUGAAGAAUAUCAAAUUGUAUAACAAAUGGAAUGAAACUGAUGUACAAAAUUAAGAACUAAAAAGUUAUUAAGUCAACUGGGUUUUGUGUUUCCAUUUUCAAUUGAAAAUGCGACUUCAUAGUCGUUGGGGUUUUUCCUGAAGGUUUUUUUGUUUAAAGUAUUUGCCGAUGGAUCAGUGGAUGGGAGCGGCAACGUCUUUUGUUUGCUGGUCCAUUGGUUUUCGGUUGGAUGGCAUUUAUUCCGGGUAUACGAGAUCCAAUAGUUUUCCAUGCUUUUAACGCAAUUUCGAUAGCCUCGAAAAGUGAGAAUGGAACCACAAAAUGUUUAGUGCCACUGUACAAUAUUACGAAAACAUUGAAUAAACCUCUCUACUGUAUCUGAAUGAAAAAUGCCGUUUUAUGACAAAAGAUUUCAACAAUAAUAAAUAGUAAUCCAUGAAACAUGAAAACCUGUCCCGAGAACGUAUAAAAGUAUUUAUUUUUUCAUUACAAAACAAAAACGAAAAACAUGCAAAAAAAGUAAAACAAAAAAGAUACAAAUAACAAUAAUGAAGAGCAAAUAAGAAAUACCAGGAGAAAAAAAUAUACAAAACAAAAUUUAUAAUAGUUAUAAAGGCUCCUUAUCGUUUGGCUGUGACUGUUAUUAGGAAGCUAAUUAAUUUUACAUAGAAACGUAGUAAUUACGGAAAUAUAUAUAAAUAUGGAGAAAAUCUUUAUUAUAUAUUAUGAUUAAAUAUGGUAAGGACAAAAGUAUAUAUAUAACCUCUGCGGAGAAUGAUAAAGAAAACACUACAUUAAUUCUAUCACUACGAGAAGGAAAAUGAGAAAAACAUACAUAAUAAAUUUACAUCAGCAUAAGAAAACAUACAACCCUCAUAAUAUAAAUAUAUAACGAUAGAAAGAAGAAGAAAAAGAUGAAAAACACCCUUACGUACUAUAUUAUAACAUUAAUAAUCAUUACAAAGUCGAACGUGCAUGAUCUGAAUGAAUUUGGACAGUGUGAGCAUUACGUAUGUAUAAAGGUAACAAUGAUCGAAACAGAUCCCAUUUUGUUUUCCACCCAAUUUUACUGUUUAUUCCGUGAAAGAAGUGUAGAUUGUCGAAAAAAAGAGAGAUCGAAAUAAGAAAAUUUAAAACCAUUUUCAUAUACACUCAAAAUGUUGGAGGUUGAAAUGAUGAUAUCUGGUCAACGCUAGAAUGCAAUUUGAAAUGUUUGUGGAGUGAGUACAAGGAAUUAGUGAUUUAAUGGAAACAAAUGCAAAACUAAAUGAAGCUUAGUUGUUAAUUUAUUUUCUAGGAAUGUGUGCAAAUAGAAUGGAAAGUAAUUUUCGAAAUUGUUUAGUCGUGUUACUAUGUCAGGAGAAGGACGUUUUUGUUGGUUUGAAGCGUGGCGCAAUAGUGUAUGUUCGGUGUGAUGGUUUUCUAUUUGCAGGGCUCGAGGGUUGUGCCUUCUGGCUGAGUUACAUAAGAGAAACGACGAUGAUAAAUUGCGCUUGUUGCAAGUUUGUGUUUUACUUUUUUUAUUCAGAUUGGUUGGCUAUUUAAAUUUUUACUGGUUCCAUGAAGAUUUCAAAACAUGUUAUGCUAUCCUUUCCAAUUUAGUUAUCAGAAACUUUUGUCUGCAUCUUCUUCACUUAGAAAUGAAUGUGUUAAAGCGUAGUACACAGUUAAUCUUCGAAGUGGAAUUGUAGAUAAAAUUUGAACAUAUUGGAAUUUUGGACCUUCUCAACCGCAAAUUACCGGUUAGUAACGUGAGUAAAAAUUACAAAUAUUGAGUUGACAACCAAGUAAAUGCAGAUUUUUAAAAUUAUAAACUUAUUUUGGGCUUAUUCAAACUAAAUUCAGUUUUAGCAAAUUUUGCUGGAUAAUUUAUGUCCAUCUUUCAGAUAACAUAAUGUCGUAUACUUCCUGAUCCCAUAACCUUAAACGGGGUUUUGCUUAUCUGUAAUUAAAUGGACAGCCAAUUUAGCUCAAGGCGGAGGAAGUUUUGUAGGCCUUGCUUUGCCUUUGCCCUGGGAAAAGUAUAAGAAUCUAGCGAGCAACUGUUUUUAACUCCCAAUAAAGAUCAAAUUGUGAGCAGACGCCAAUUAUUCAAAUAAAGUUCACUUACAGUUCAAUUUUGUUUAGGGAUAAAAGUUCUCGAAGGUUUUGUUUAUGUUAAAUGAUAUCGACUGUCCACUAACUUACCGAAAUGUGCAUGUAUUACCUUUAAUAGCAUCGAUUAGAUGGGGCGCGAUACUCCUUACUUUACUUUAUGAGGCAACAUCAACAUGCGGCAGCUAAACUCAGCUAUAAUGGGGAUAAGGAAACGAUUUUGCAUAUAAAAUAAGCACCUAAGGCUCUAGAAUAUUUCGCAGAAUAUCUUUUCGGUGUACUUUUUACAGCAUGGCAAUCCUGACUCUUUUAACUUCCAUUUCAAAACCGGGGUCAUCUAUUCAUUUCAUUUCCUGCGUAGGAAAGGUACAAGAUUUGCUCAGAUUUUAAAACGUGUGUCAGCCACUCCUAAGUAAUCUUAAUAUUUUUCGGUCGCCUUUUUAAUUAAAUUCUUCGUCAGUUCAUUGGCGAAUUCCCAAAUAUUCUGUUUAUGUAAUGUGACAUUCAAAGCGAAAAUUUCCUCCUUUCCUCCUCAAAAAAAUUUAAAAUCCUGUAAUGAUCCACGGCAUGCAGGUGAAUAAUUUAGAAAAAAUGCCCUUUAUGCUUCUUGUCAAAUUUAAGAAAAUAGGAAAAUAACGGUGUGGCAAGGCUUUGGUAAACUUUCAACUAACUGCCUGAUAUACAGGAAAAGAAUGCCAUAUUUCGUUAAUGAUUCGUGAAUGUUGCUCCAAUUUAAAUACAUGCUUGUUUCGCAGGUUCGUACUUCAUAAUACAGUAAACAGUUUAGAUUGGGUUAAUAUUGGAAGAUUGAGGCGAUUAGUCCGUCCUAACAAUGUCAUUUGUCUCCCCUCAGGCUUUGCAGAGCUUACUACAGAGUUUCGAAUCACUGUCCUCGUAUAAAAUCUGGAGCAAACAUCUUGUUUACGAAUUCGAAAACGUUCUCUGUGUACAUCUUUACAUUUUUUUCUGCAAUUUUAUUGGAAAUUUAACAAUGCACUGGUUGAACAAAUAGUCAUGGAAAGACUACUUCUCGAUCCCAACCUAAAAAUUCGCUUCAGCUGAAAGAAAAAUGUUUGAAUCAAUCGCGAUCAAUGCUUGCACUACUCACCUCUUGCAUCUAACGUCUUAUCGUCCAUGAAUCGGUGUGAAAUAUUCGUUUCAUAUAAGUACUGCCUAAUUGUAUUGAUUCUGAUAUCUAGUCUUUUCCUAGCUAAUUUUAUCUUGGCUUCUCGCAGUAGAAAUUGGGUUUCGCUCGUAAAGCUCGACGAUUGCUCUGUCUUGUUUGCUCGUGGUCAUCCACGUUUUAACUAGGUUGUGCUAGUCAUCGACGUUCUUCCACAAUUCUGUUGCUUCACCAACUUUUGAAUGACGUUUUUUGAUAAAAAUGUUGGUCCUAUUUCAAAGGAUACUUAAAUGAACUUCCCGUGACAGUGGUAGCCAGUUGAAAAUGAGUUUGGAAAACAACGACAUGCAAAUAUUUUUCUAAAAGAGCGGCAAAGCUGCUGAAGAUUCGUUUUCUUUAUAGCUUUUGUUUGGUGUAGGAGGGUUUGGUGAGGCACCGUCUGACGAUUUGCCUUUGCCCUGGUAAGAAACUGUAAAGCCGUCUUCAGUUUUCCUGCAAAUUUUGACUAAUUGACCGUAAACGCAGCCCCCAAAGAUUGAUUGAUGAUGAUUUCAAAUUAUCGACAUAGAAAUGUUCACAGUUGGUAACAUGCGAAAUAUUCAGUCUUUUGAAUUUCGAUUUGAGUUAUCUUUGGCUCAAGAACAAGCCAGGGUUCUGCGAAAACAAGUCAUUCCCCUUUUUCAGUCACUUUCCCUAUCGACUGGUGAUCAGGAAGGUGUGUCAUAUUUUUCGAUUGUUUAAGCUAUUCAUGUUCUUCUUUGGUUCUCUUGGGAGAGUGCAAAGACACACGACCUCGAAACGUUCGGCGUACGUGGCGCUCAUCGCGGUUUUUUGUAAUUCUUUCACGAACGGUUGAGAUGCGACAGUUUUUACCUUACACUGUAGUGGGUUUGAAGCGUCUGAAUUGGAUUUCUCACUUCUUUGGGCCACAAGUCGUUGCUCAGCAUGCCAGGUUACUGCUGCUUCAAGUUCCCUUUUAGUCAUGAAAAUACUGCUUGCUAGCUAUAUAAAUUCUUUUCUUUUUAUCUAAUUGAUGCAUGGAAAUGUUCCUUAAAUUCAGUUCUUUCAUUUUUGUCGUGCCGAUCUGAAUCGAUUUUAUCAUCGUUGGGUUCACCAAGGCGGCUAAAAUAUUGUCAAUUUUGACUGAGAUCUACUCCAAAUUAUGAUACUUUGCAUUAGUCUUCAUUAAGAUCAUGUUUUAUUGGGCAUUCCGCUUUGCUUGCAUCAAUUUUUUUUCCAAAUUUGAGGCACCAACUUUUGAUAUCGUUCAAAAGUUGUUUACAUGUUUAUGAUUCAAAAAACUGUCCAUCCCUAGCUUCCGGGCAACGUUACCUCUUUUGUUGUGACCCACGAAAUGAUCCAAUUUUUUACUUCGUUGUAAGGGUGAAAGUGCUGGUCUACCAGUUCGUAUUCUGUUGUAAAAUCCCUUUGUCCAAUGGUCGGUUCACAUACAUCGAUUGUAUUCGACGUUGACCGCCUAUGUUUACUACUCAGUUUUAAUAGCUUAUAAUAACCUGACUUGGUUGUUGAAACUCCCAAAAACAAAGAACGUCCUUGGUCGUGAAGCACAGCAGUUGUCCAUAAUCAAAUAAAUAUGUACAACAUUUUUCUUCUUUAACUUGUCCGGCGCCAAUUUUUGCUUUUGAAUCAUUCCCAUAGCAUUCAGUACUUUUUAAACCACUCUCAAUGGUCGUGCCACGAGCCUGAUCAAGUAUUGCGUCAAAUUUUGCAACUUUGAAACCUUUCUCUUUUCUGUUAUGCCGUUGAAGCGUUGAAAAUAUUUACUAGUUUUUUCACUAAUAGUGAAUAGAAUUCAAUUUCAGUCACACUUUUAUUCAUAUGACAUUUAUGACCUAUUUAGUUUGACUACCAUUUAGUCCUAAAUCCAUCUAUUAGAAAAUGACGGACAGAAAGUUAUCCUCCUAGACACUGACCGUGCGCCUUUCAUGUCAAUGCUUAUUUGGGGAAGCAGUUAUCUCCCACUGAUCAUUGAAUUUUUUGUUAAUUUGAUGAUUUUUUUUUCCCCGUAAUAUUUUAAAUACGAAUGCAUGUACGCUUUUUAGAAGCGGGCCAAGUAACGUUCAGCCUUUAUUCCGCUCAAAAGUGAGGUCGGCCCGGCCAUUUUACUCGGUCAUGCGCCUGAUCUGGAUGGAGUUGAGAGGCUCUUAAAUCACUAUCUAGCAUAUCAAGCCAACGUUGUUUUGGCCGGCCGAGCACUUUAUAGAUGUUAAAUUUCUUUGUGUUGGUCAUAUUUCUGGGUUCUUCAUAGAGAAAAUCGGUCCCGACACUUUAUUUGUUGCGCUAAUACAGCAUAUGAUGUCAUGUUUGUACUCCUAUUUUGGUUUUGACGGACAGAGGUAUUGGUGAAAUUCUCUUCCAAGACACAAGUUUGUCCAAGCGGUAACUUCGUUCGGCAAUUUAAAAAUACUCAUUUGUAAGGAGAUCUUUGACGAAAUUCACUAACAAUAUCUUCAUGAAUUUAGUGAAAACUUAUUCUCUCAAUCAACUCAAACUACAAAAUGACAACGGAUGGAUAUUUUGAGGCCCUGGAACAUGAACCCAUUGACUUUGACCCUUUUCGUAUAAGCUUCCGAAUUUUUAUAUAGAUGACGGGUUCUGUUUCGUCAUAUAAUUGGUAUAGCUCACUGUUGUGUUUCGUUUGCCAUUCGCCCCCCUCACAGGAUCUUCGAUCUUCCUGCGAAUUUUUAUAUAACCGUCGUUUAUUUGAUCAAAUAUGCUUAUUAAGGAGUUUCUAUAUUCUUCAGUUCAUGUGGCUAUCUAGGAAGCACGUUAAUUGUCAGUUGGAUCUAUUCCGACGACGUGAAUUGUGCACGGUCCAAUGUAAUGUUUUUAUUAUGCAUUCUAUGCUUUCCAGUUUUGCGCGAUGAACCAUUUUUUUUUCUCUAUUCAUUUUUGCAUUAAAGUUUACUAGAGCCUUUAUUCAAUUAUUUAAGGGUAAUGAAUCCUUUAAGGGUGCUGUAAAAAGCAGGGUUUAUAAGUUUGGAGCCAUUUCUUCGGGUUGUGAUUUGUGCCCGAAUCUUUCGAUUGUAUUCCAAUGUUUCCACUUUAGAACUCCCUAUUUCAGAUAUUUUUGACGGCCUUUUGCUUUUUUCCAGCAAGUUUCAUUUUCCUGGAGUACUGGGAUCUGCCCGUUUUUGUGACAAAUCGUCAAAAUAAAAUUUAAUCACUUUCAUUUGCAAUAUUUCCCUGUUAAAAGAAUACCACACAUAGACGUACUAGUGCGUGUCCGAUGUUCCGCUUCUUUCUGACUCUUUGCAGUGGUAGGUGGUCGCCAUUUAAGUUCCUGAAAGAUCACGCACUCGUGGGUUUCAUUCUUGACGCUCUUCUUUUCCAUAUUUGAAUUUUCAAGUAAAAAAGCUAAAAUUAACUCAGUUAGCGAUUAGAGUUCAAACAAUCACACCUAUUUUACAUUUUCAUCAGUUCGGGAGGUUGUUUGAUGUUCAUUGACCCUCUGGAAGCUCGAAGGCGGUUGUGGUUCGACGCAUUCUGGAACUAACUACUUUAUCUAGCCCAUCAAGCUUAUUUAUCAAACACAUCCUGCUUUAUGCCUUAUUUUUGAUUGAAACAUUUAUUUAACUGUAAUCAUUAAGCAAACUAUUUAAAAUUAUCCUUCUGAUUUGGAUUAUUAUAGUCUGCAGAUGCAGAUCUAGCGAGCGCACUGUAUCGAGUUUGUUUAUAUUGUCUGUGGCUUUGUUUUGUUACUCUCAUUUCCAAGCUUUUUUUCGGGCAUUGCUACCAUUAAAUGAAGUUAGUGUUCUACCAGAAAUACGCAAAUACCUAGUUGACAACUCAAUAUCUGUAGAAAUUAUCUUAUUUUAUUAGCCGAGUGAAGUAAUACUCAACUUCCCCGAUACCCUUGGGUGCUGCGAACCCUCCAUUCCCAAUGGUCCAUCGCGCAUUAAAAAAAAUGAUUGUAAAAUGCUCUAAUAUAAUAGUAAAUGUCAUCAACAACCAUUAGAACAUCGCGAUGCAUUGCACGCCAUAAAGAAGGCCAAUUUUCCGAGCCAAAACCUGUAUUCAAGCGCUCAUCGAAAUUAUUUCUUAAUAAGUUCAUUGUUUCUUGCCCUGUAUCGCAAGCAGUGCCAUCUUUUUGAAACAAAAAGCUCACUAAGAUCACGGGCUUUAACGUCAGGUAUCAAGUAAUCCGUUAUCAUGGAUCGAGAGUGGUCACCAUUGACAAUUAUGUUUUCUCCGACCUGGUGGGAUUUUUUUCCAGAGCUCAUUCGCUGAAGAUAGCCGGAUGAGUUUAAUUUUGUAAACCUUAAGGCCAAGAUCCUUACGUAAAUUGCCCAAAGUUGUUGAAUAGGAUAAGCCGAGCUGUUGAGGUCGGCGCCAAAUCGAUUCAUCACGGUCUUGGGAUAAACUUUCGACUGUUAUCGUUAUAUUUUACAUAAUCAGUUGGGUAUAAUCGAAUAAUGUCCAACUUGCGGAUGCUGUUGGCAAUAGUAGGUUCGUAAGGUCAAUGAUGUACACUAUAAAUACCCCUUAAAGGGCAAGAAAAAGACUUAACUGAACGCUGAUUUUCGUAGUGCAGCUGAACAAUUUGUAGUCAAUGACAUGGUCCAUCCUAAAAAAGAACCAAAUAAAUCAUUCAUUGCAAGCAUCCCUCACAGCGCAUACUUACACGCCACAAACAACAAGGACUAAAUAAUUCUCAAGCAUCUUAACCCAUGUAUUUGCAUUCUGUUGUGUUUUUGCCAGCUGGAAAAUGAAUAUAGAAUUUCUGUAAAAAUGAGGAGACAAUUUUAAACUAACCAGAGCACACUUGAGCAUGUAAUUAUGAUCCAGACAAAAGUCCAUUCAAACCAAAAUGAGAAUAUGAAAACAAUAGUUGCAACACUCUUUCAUAAACAUUCAUACCCACACAAACACACUCAUUAAUUGAUUAUUUUCUGUAUAGUGAAUGUUAAUUAUAUUAAUUAAUUGAACUAUCAUUGAGACCGCUUUUGAAUGAGAGCCUCUACAUCCGCUUAGAUACUAACCCGAACAGAUGAAAACAACAGCAACAACACUUGAAAUUAAGAUGUAACGAAGCAAACCAUACAUACACAGACACACACUUGAAUGAAAGAAUACAAGAUAUAUGAUAGAGAUGAUGAGUUUUUUUUUAAAAAUUGUGGAAUCUUUUUUUUUAUUAUUAUUUUUGUUUGUUUUUAAGAAGAAGAAUUGAAAAACUAUUCUAAUUUUUCUGGUGCAAUGGUAAUUUUAUAUGUAAAAUAAUUCCUUUUUUAGUUUUUAGUAUGUUAAAUGUACUGCGAUUAAAACGUAAUAAAAUAAUGUAGAUAUUUAUUUGCAUAUGGAGGAGAUUUUUUUAAUUGGUGGUUUUUAACCAGCUGAUGAAUUACCUCUACAUAUUUCAGUUUUAAGGGGAUAUCUCGUUCAUGUUCGAAUUUUAUCGUGGAGCUAGCCACGUAUUGAUCGUAGAGCAAAUGAGAAAGUGUAGAUUUCCCGAAUAUUAUGUACGUUUUUUGUUAAUAAGAGCUUGGAAGUAAGCUGUCAUUUUUUUAAAAAGAAAAUAAAAUAACUGAUUUUUACUUAGUGAAAUGAAGGAUUUUAUUGAUGUAGUGAAUCGCUUCGGUCUGUGAAGUGACACAGGAUUGAAGGCAAAAGAUCAUUCUGUUUUCACAGAAGAGUCUCAACUCUAAUUUUCCUUAGAUCCUUGAUGCGGUUAUCUAACAUUAUUUACUUUUAUUGGAAUAUUUCAUCGGUGCCUGCACCGUUCCUUUUGUGAAAUAUUCGUGGCAUGCUGUGCCAACCCUCAUUCCUUCAAAACCAUUUUAGAGUACAUAUUGAAACGUAAUAAAAAAAAUUAAAAAUUUUAAAUUUUUACCAAUUAAAUAAAAACUGCGCUGAUAGUAUAAUAAAUUGGAUGACUCAACUAAAAUGUAAGGAGAAGAAAAACAGCGAAAAUUUCCGGUUGUGCCUUCGCUUAAGACUAUUCGACAUUUGAAAAUUUCCUUCGCCUUCAAAUAUAAAUCCUUGUCACAGCCACUUCAAAGAAGCUUUCGAACGAAUAGGAACAGGUAACGUACCACAAACAACGAACUUUUUUAAAUUCGAUCACUAACCCCAUUUUACUAACACGUGGAAUGCUGUUCCUUAGAAUAAAAGAAAAACAAACGAAAUGAACUAAACUGUCAAUAUCCCUUUAAAAUUAUUAAUGAAAGUCAAUUGAGAAUUUAUUUAACGUACCAAUAUUGACACUCAUACGAAACUAUAUUUGUAACUUUACCAUUUGCAACAAAAUACUUUCGAUUAACCUAACAUUUUAGACUGAUUUACAAAAAAAA